GAGCUGGCCCGGCGGUCCUGGAGGAGUCGGGGGUGGCCAUCGAGGGCACCGAGCGCUCGGCUUGUGCUCGCUGCUUUCUUUGCUUCCCCGCUCUGCGGCAUCAUGGGCAUCCAGGGCCUGCUGCAGUUCAUCAAGGAGGCUGCCGAGCCUUCCCACGUGAAGAAAUACAAAGGAAUGGCGGUAGCUGUGGACACCUACUGCUGGCUGCACAAAGGCGCCUAUGCCUGUGCUGAGAAGCUGGCCCGAGGAGAGCCCACGGAUUUUUAUGUAGCUUUCUGUAUGAAACUUGUUCAUAUGCUCCUCUCAUUUGGAAUUAAACCAAUUUUGGUAUUUGAUGGAUGUACCCUACCCUCUAAGAAGGAAGUGGAAAAGGCACGACGAGAGAGGCGUCAAGCCAGUCUUCUGAAGGGGAAACAAUUGUUGCAGGAAGGGAGACUGUCAGAGGCUAGAGAAUGUUUUGGGCGUAGUGUAAAUAUUACCCAUGCUAUGGCUCAUGAAGUUAUUAAAGCUGCACGAGCCCAGGGAGUUGAUUGUAUUGUUGCUCCUUACGAAGCUGAUGCUCAGCUGGCUUAUCUUAAUAAGAUUGGCAUGGUUCAAGCUAUAAUUACAGAAGACUCUGAUCUUUUAGCUUUUGGAUGUAAAAAGGUGUUUCUGAAAAUUGACAAGUUUGGAAAUGGACUAGAGAUAGAUCAAACUCGACUAGGAAACUGCAAGCAGCUUGGAAAUGUAUUUACAGAAGAGAAAUUCCGCUACAUGUGUAUUCUUUCUGGUUGUGACUACCUCCCUUCAAUUCAUGGAAUUGGGUUAGCUAAAGCAUGCAAGUUACUAAAAUUAGCCAACAAUCCAGAUAUUAUAAAGGUAAUUAAGAAAAUGGGGCAGUACUUGAAGAUGAAUAUAACGGUACCAGAAGAAUACAUACAGGGUUUUACACGAGCUAAUAAUACAUUCCUGUAUCAGUUAGUUUUUGAUCCUGUCAACAGAAAAUUAGUUCCUCUGAAUGCUUAUGGAGAUGAUAUUGAUCCAGAAGCACUGACUUAUGCAGGACGACAUGUUGGUGAUGAUACUGCUUUUCAAAUUGCUAUUGGCAAUAUUGAUAUCAAUACAAUGGAACAAAUUGAUAGUUAUAACCCUGAUACAGCACAGCCUGUGCAGCAGAGAAGUUGUGGCUGGAAUGACCAACGUGAUAAUCAUGUCAAUAGUAUUUGGAGCAGAGAAUACAAGUUUGGCCCCACUGAAGAUCCUGCUCCUCCUAAAAUGCAUUUCCCAGAGAAACCAUUAACCAAAGGCAUAGAGAAAAUAAUUAGCGUUAAAGGACUAAAGCUUGCAGGCAAAGAGCUCUUGUCAAAAAGGCCAAGGAGUGUGAUGCUUAAAUUGUCUGUAGAUUCAGAAGAAGUCUCAGAUGGAGAUCUGUUGAAGCAAUAUUCAUUUUCAAAACCAAAAAGAAUCAAGGAGAAUGAUAAUGAUGGUCAAGCACCAAAGAGUGUGUCAGCAAUACAAAGCCUUGAUUCUCCAGGAAUUUCCAUCACUCAAGAAAGCUCUAACUCACUACCCAGAGUUAGAAAUAAAUUUGCUUCAUUUUUACAAAGGAAAAACAAAGAGAAGGAUGCUGUAGUUGUUCCAGGAACAAGAAGCAGGUUUUUCUGCAAUGAUGCAGUUAUGCUUGACAGUAGAGCUAAGACGGAAGAUGGUGAUCUAACUCAGGAUGUUGAACAGGAUUGCCAGAAACAGCAAGUAAAACAUGUAGCUGAAGCUGUUUCUAGGUUUUCAGAAACUGAAAAAUCAUCAUGCACUGUCUUUACACCUCCUGGAGAAACACAGAAAAGUUGUUCCCAGUUGUUUAGCAGCCUCAAAAGUAACUCAGGAAAUCUUGGUCUACCUCAUACUGUAUUUUCACAGCAGUUUCACCAACAGAGAAACAACUGCAUUGUAUCCCAGGAAGAUCAGAUUAAUGUGUGUGAUGAAUCGGAGGAAGAGUCCUCCCCCUUAAUAGAACUGGAACAGCCAUCAGAGUCUCAUGGGUCUUGUGAGCCAUCAGAAUGCAGUUCGGAGUCUUCAGAAAUCCUACAGGCAUCUAACAACAGCUUAGGUGCAAAGGAAUCUGACUCUAAUUCAAAACUGAAUGGUGGUCAAUAUUCUCUGUCUGGACUAUUUUCUGCUGUUCAAACUAACAAAAAAAUUACAAUCAUAAAGACCAAGGUUCCUGGAUUGCGUAAAUCCAGUAACAUAAGGUCACAUAUGGUAACAAAGCUCAAGCCACUGAUACCAGCUAAAGUAAGUGGACUAAGCAGGAAACUGUCACCUGUGCAGAAGAGAAAGGACUGUGAUACUGAAAAUAAGCUGGGGGUGCAAUCCACUAUUGGGGAACUCUGGAAAAGCUUCCAGUUUAAGAGAGAAUAUGAAAAACUUCCUUCUUGUAGAAAGUCAGAUCCUUUGUCUCCAAUCAAAGAUAAUAUACAGCUCACUCCAGAAACAGAAGAAGAAAUCUUUAAUCGUCUGGAACAUAGUCAUGUUCAGAGAGCUAUAUUCCAAUGAACUGCAUGCUGUUCAGGAUGGGAUGGAUUUUUAAUCAUUGUCAAAAUUUACCUUUUGGCUAUUUCAUCAAUAUAUAAAAGAUACUUUGAAAACCAGCAAUGUACUCUAGUCUGACUAGUGAUUUAUCAUCUCUUUUAUAAAAGUGUGAAUUCAAAGGUACAGUUCUAUACUGACUGGAAUAAAAUAAUUCAGAUUCCUCUGUUCUCUUA